GCUCGCUAAUUGCGGUUUUCCCACCCAUCCAAAAGGGAGAUGAGGGCCCCCGCAGCCCCCUCCCCUGGGGCUGCCAGCAGGGACAUUAAUUAGAGCGGGGUUUGGGUCCCAGCUGGCGCGGUAACGCUGCUUUUGGCAGAGAAAUGGAACAAAAGGGAAGAAGGGUUGGUUGCGAGCUGUUUUGCCCCUUGUUCUGUUCUCGGGUAAAAGUUAAAGCUGGUUUCCUGCCACCGCUUCGGGUUUAUUCCUCGUUUGUGGCUUUGCCCUGCAAAGAACAAGAUGGAGAAAUCGGUGCUGUUUCUGUGCCAUCUUGUCUGUUUUCUUCGGAUAAUCAGGCAAAAGGGUCGUUCAAUAGAAGAAAAAGAAAUUCUCUCUACGUAACUGUGACUCUCCUCAUUGUGUCAGUAUUAAUUCUAACGGUGGGCCUAGCAGCUACAACAAGAACCCAAAAUGUGACUGUUGGAGGUUAUUACCCAGGGGUUAUUCUUGGUUUUGGGUCAUUUCUUGGAAUAAUUGGAUCAAAUCUGAUAGAAAACAAAAGGCAAAUGCUGGUUGCAUCGAUUGUCUUCAUCAGCUUUGGGGUGAUUGCUGCAUUCUGCUGUGCCAUAGUAGAUGGUGUCUUUGCUGCCAGACACAUUGAUCUGAGGCCACUGUAUGCGGGACGGUGUCAGUACUACUCCAAGAGUACAACCCCACCCGAGGCAAUCUGUCACCCCCAGCGCCGCGCACCCUGCACGCCGAAAAUAAAAACCAACACCUGCUUCUGCUGUGACCUGUACAACUGUGGGAAAGUAGAGAUUUCUGGAGGCUACUAUGAAUACAUCGAUGUCAGCAGCUGCCAGGACAUCAUCCACCUUUACCACUUGCUUUGGUCUGCAACAAUUCUGAACAUAGUGGGGCUGUUCCUAGGGAUCAUUACAGCAGCUAUCCUUGGAGGCUUUAAAGACAUGACUCCUUCCCUCCCUACUCUGAAUUGUACGGUGGAAAACGCACACCCUUCAGUGUCCUACUACUCGAGGCCACAAGUGACAUCUUACAACACCUACUACCACAGCACUCCUCACCUGCCUCCCUACUCGGCGUAUGACUUUCAGCAUUCCAGCAUGUUUCCAGCCUCUACUCCUUCUGGCCUCUCCGAUGACCCCCAGUCACUGUCUCCAUCUCCCAGCUAUAUGUGGUCCUCUACUGCACCACCACGUUACUCACCACCAUAUUUUCCACCUUUUGAAAAGCCACCACCUUAUACACCAUAAAGAGUGUGGGAAAGAAGAAAAGAAAAAAAAAAUGCCAUUCAAAUAAUCGUGAACAUUUUGUAUUUAUAUUUUACUGUGGGAGGGGCAGGACGAUAGAUACAGGUGGUAACUGCAAAGACAAAAACUGGAUUGGACUGUUCUUUAUUGCAAGACUUAUUUCAGAGGUUUAACAAUGGAGCAUGAGGAUGGGAAUGUACUGCUGGUGAUUUGCAGUGUCAGUGAGUAGUGAGUGACCUAAAUUCCAGCUUCCUUGUUUUACCAUGAGGUUCAUGUAGUCCUUGGUUUUUAAUAAAGUGAUCCAGCUGAUAGAUCCUGGUCUGCCUUACUCCAUCUUGUGCCAAGCUGAAGUAAAGGUACACAAGACUGAGUUGCUGGAGAGUAUCAGUCUGGUUAAGGUGAGGAGGCUUGCAGAUGACUUGAUGCUUGUUUUGUUUGGUCUUGGGGCUCCAGUUUCUGGGAUUUUUUGGGCCACAGGACCUUUCUCAAGUCACGUGUUGGUUACAGCCUACACAAGGGAAAAAUCUUGGGGGGAGCCACAACAGUGUCUCAAACUUUAUAUAACAUCAUAGGAUAUAUUCAUGUAUGUCUAGCAAAACAUUUGGAAUACUGCUUUUAACAGGAAAGCUGGUUUUAUUUCAGGAUGCUUCUUAAGAUAGAAGGUGUAAUGUAGUUCUCUCUCUCUCUGAAUUCUGUGUAACUAAUGCUGAAGUCAAAGUUAGGGAGGUUGCACUGCCUAAAUCUUCCUUGUAUUCCUAUGAAGAACAUUAGGAACUGUCCAUAAAUCACUGAAACAGUGCAAUGAAAACAUCAUUAUUAUUUUUUUCCCUUCUGUUCAGUUGGGGAUUUUUUUUUUAAGCUUGUACUUCUAACUUUUUUAAUUAAUGGAAUCAGCACUCUGAAUAAGCACCAUUUUAGUAGCUGCAUUAUGGGCUGUACAUAAGGAAUAUCCACUACUAGUUCUCCAAGGUGUAAGUCUCACAUGGAUAAAUUCAUCACCCUGUAAUAUAGGAUGAAACUGAUAGGAAUUUGCAACUAUUGUUGUGACUUGCAUUUAAUCUUCAGCUGAUGACUGUGCUGAUUGAUCUAGUUUCCAACAGAUUUUGCAUGCAUCCUGCAUAACAAAAGAAAGGUCAGCUUUGUUGUGUGACACACUGUCCUGUAAAGUGUGGUUCUACUCCAGGAAGUGAUUUCAGAUGACAGCACUCAGAUCUCAGCUGCUCAACGUGAGUAAUCUCAACUGCUUGCUUCAGGGAUUAAAAUAUGGUAUUGACAUUUUACUCCUUACUUCCUAAAAAUUUUAUUUCCUUGGCAUCAGGUUGUUGGCCCUAGUGCUCAAUUUCUACCUUUACUUUCAACUAAUAUAGAUAAAAAAGUACCUAAAAGCUAAAUCUGGCUUUCAGAAUGUAAAAGUGGAAUACAUGCAGGGGAGGGCAGAAAAAAAAAUCCAGUUGUUUUUUAAACAAUGGUACCUCUGCUUCUAAUCUAAAAAAAAACCUUAAAAUAGUGUCAACCCAGAAAACAAACACUGAAGUCUCUGAUAUCACUUUUCAAAGUACACCCACACUUUAUAAUGCCAUUUUUAACCCUAUGCAUUUGCAAAGCCCCUAGGCUAGGCUGCGUGUUAACCUUACCAUUUCCACUGUCAAACACUAAUCAAUGUAUUAAAAUGCUGAAGGAUGACAUUGGUUCUCUAGGAUCAAGUGUAACCCUUCUCCAGUAAAGAAAAAAAAAAUGGCUGGAGGAAGGAAUACAACUCAUGGGAUUUAAAGCAGUAGUGUAUACAGAACAUACCUUGGUGACAUUUUGUUUUACUAUAGAUUAUUGAAGUGCAGCUCCUAUAAAUUUGCAUUCUGGGAAUAAAUGUAUAUUCUGAGAUGUCAUCCAUUUUAAGUAACUUUUUCCUGAAUUAAAUCUUGAUAAACAGAUCAUGGGCAAUUUCAAAAUAAACAGUACUUCUACUUUUAAAACUCCCCCCAAAACUGGAAUCACAUGGGCACGUGAAUUUAAUACCAGAAAAUAUUUUAUUGCUGCAUAAAAGCCAAUGGUCCUGUCCCACUUCUGACAAAUUAAUUCCACCAUUUGUGCCUGUCAGCUAAAUAGGGCUAGAAGGACUAGGGGAUACUACAGGAUAGGGCUAAGAAACUCCUGAGGGGAACAUAACUGAUGUGACAGAGAGAUAAUUAGGAAAUGAUUGGGUCGUUGGUUUUCAGUUGACAACUACUAAACUUAGGAAAUUAUCCAAAUUCUCUUUUUUUUUUUUCCUUAGGGAACACUUAAGCAAAAAUUACAUUGCUGCUUUAAAUUCUCUAUAAAAGGACAAGUCCAUUUUAACAGUUAAAAAAAUACUGGUGGAAUUUUCUGUUGAAUUCCCUGUUUCCUUCUGCUUGCGUAAAACUAAACGUUUAAUGUAAAUGUAACAUUCUGCACUGUAUUCAUCAUUUCUUAUGAGAAUGUCAAGGUUGUGACUCAUAUGUACCCUUUUAUUACUUUACCAAAGUUAAAUAAAAUUGUGUGACUUUUGUAAACAUUUAUAAAUUGCAUUUUACAUUUUAGCAACUUUCCUGUUUUACAGGCAUCUGUAAAAGUAGUUCAGGAAUCCCAGUGUAACAGCAUAGAUUUAAAAAAAGCAAGCACAAAACAACAACAAAAGUACCAAAAUCCCUGUAUUUGCUGUAUUGGAAGCUGGUGCUUCUACCAAGAUUAGCCAAGAUUUUUAAGUUCUGUUUUUACAAGUCCCAGAUGUCCCCACACUUCAAAAUGAUACAUUUCUGCCCACAUGACAGGGUGCUGUGGCUUCAGUCCCUGUAAAGUCAUUAUUGCUGAUUUUUGCUUAAGAUAGAGGCAAUAAUCCAGCCAGUGCAAUGUCCAUCUCUCCUUUACUUACUUUCAUGUUUAUUCAGUUAUUUUGGGCCUAAUUCUGUCCUGAUUACUUCAGCUGCUCUUUGAUACCAACACAAGUAGGUGGAAGCCCUAUGCCAAGAGUUAAAGUGUAUGUUGCUGCUUUCAGCUAAUAGUAGCACUGCAGUUUUUCGGCUAAUUUGCUACA